AUGCUAGUCUGUGUUGAUGCUGCUGUUAAGGAAAAAUGUCAAACUGAGUUCUGCUGCAGAAAGGUAACGUUCCAUCAGGAUAAUGCAAGACCACAUGUGUCUGCGUUCACUGGCUGGACUUUGUACGAACUUGAAUGGGAUCUUUUGCUACACCCACCAUAUAGCCGUGGCAUUGCUCUUUCAUACUUCUACCUUUUUUCACAUCCACAGCUACAUCUUGCUAGCUUUCAUUCUGCGCAGGACGUCCAAAAUGAGGAUCAUCUAUUUUUGGACUCGUGGCCACCAAGUUUCUGGGCUGAAGGCAUUUUAAAACUACCGAAACUGACAGAAAAUCAUACAUUUGGGUGGUGA